AAUCCAACAAUCACCAUCCAUCAACACCCCCUUCAUCAAAAACAGUAGUAACAUAGUACUACUUUCUGUGCUUACUUAGCUUCCUUACAGGGUUUAAUUUUCCACCACAAGAUUACUUAUUAUUAUUGUUAUUGUUAUUAUUAUUAUUAUUAUCAUUGAUAUCUUUUGCAUUGAAACUACCAGCUCACUGCCAAUUCCUUGUACAGAAAGAAAAAAAAAAGGGGGGGGAAAUAAAAAACUGCAUUUAAGAACCUUAUUGACUCUUCUUACCUUAACAGCAACUCAGCUAUAUAUCACCACAGAUCACAAAAGAAGAAAAAGAACAAGUAUAAUUUUUAGGAUUUAAGGCCUUCACUCUAUUUGGCAGUAGGAUCAGAGUGGGAAAAAAGCCUAUGAUUUUCUCUGUCAAUCAGCAGCAAGAUAGGAGAAAAAGAAAAGAAAAAACCUUUCCUUUCAUCACAAAGCAACAUUAUUGACUAAGAUUAGAUCUUUAUCACCAUAAAAACAAUGUCAAGACAGAAGCAAGGAGGUGAAGAAACCAUGAUGUCAAGCCUGAAUGAAACAAUUGAAAGAGAAGAAAGAGAGGAGUUGGAGAAAGAAGGUGGUGGCUCAGGUUCACAUUCCUCCUUGAAAAGCCUUCUCUGGCAUGGUGGUUCUGCUUAUGAUGCUUGGUUCAGCUGUGCCUCAAAUCAGGUAGCACAGGUUCUGUUAACACUGCCAUACUCAUUCUCACAGCUAGGGAUGCUUUCAGGAAUCAUACUACAAAUCUUCUAUGGAAUUCUUGGUAGUUGGACUGCUUAUUUGAUAAGCAUUCUCUACAUUGAGUACAGAACCCGCAAGGAGAAAGAGAAUGUCAGCUUCAAAAACCAUGUCAUUCAGUGGUUUGAGGUGUUGGAUGGACUCCUGGGACCUUACUGGAAAGCCGUUGGAUUGGCAUUCAACUGCACUUUUCUACUCUUUGGAUCUGUUAUCCAGCUGAUAGCCUGUGCAAGUAACAUAUACUACAUAAACGAUCACUUGGAUAAGAGAACAUGGACAUACAUAUUCGGAGCAUGCUGUGCCACCACAGUCUUCAUACCAUCAUUUCAUAACUACAGGAUUUGGUCCUUCCUUGGCCUUGCCAUGACCACCUACACUGCUUGGUAUUUAACCAUUGCUGCCCUUCUUCAUGGCCAGGUUGAAAAUGUAAGUCACACGGGCCCAAACAAGUUGGUUUUGUAUUUCACAGGCGCCACCAACAUACUCUACACUUUCGGCGGCCAUGCCGUCACAGUGGAAAUCAUGCAUGCAAUGUGGAAACCUCAAAAGUUCAAGUAUAUCUAUCUUUUUGCCACUAUCUAUGUGUUCACCCUCACUCUUCCAUCUGCUAUUGCUGUCUAUUGGGCAUUUGGUGACCAACUCUUAGACCAUUCCAAUGCCUUCUCCCUUCUUCCCCGCUCCGGCUGGCGCGACGCCGGCGUAAUCUUAAUGCUCAUUCAUCAGUUCAUAACAUUUGGAUUUGCAUGCACACCAUUGUACUUUGUGUGGGAGAAAGUGAUAGGAAUGCAUGACACAAAAAGCAUAUGUUUAAGGGCAUUAGCAAGGUUACCAGUGGUGAUACCAAUAUGGUUUUUGGCCAUAAUUUUCCCAUUCUUUGGACCCAUAAAUUCAGCUGUUGGGGCACUUUUGGUUAGCUUCACAGUCUAUAUCAUCCCUGCUUCUGCUCAUAUGCUCACUUACAAGUCUGCCUCUGCUAGACAGAAUGCAGCAGAGAAAUUGCCGGUGUUCAUUCCAAAUUGGACAGUAAUGUUUGUUGUGAAUGCAUUUGUGGUGGUGUGGGUAUUUGUGGUAGGGUUUGGAUUUGGAGGGUGGGCAAGCAUGACUAACUUCAUCAAACAAGUUGACACAUUUGGAUUAUUUGCUAAGUGCUACCAAUGCCCACCAAAAAUCUCUGCUUCCAAUCACACAGCAACACUUCAUCAUUGAACAUUUUAUUUUAUAUAUGUUUCUUUUUCCUUAUUAUUAUUACUUUUUUUUUUUUUAAUCAUAGUCAUUUAGCUAGUAUUUCUCCCCCUUUUGUGUGUGGUGUGAGCUAUAUGAAUUUUCUCUAUAGUGUUCUUCCACUUUUUUUUUUUUUUCAAUCUCUAAGUAGAGACACAUUAUUAUUGUUAAUGGUGGUGUUCUCCUUGUUUAGUAGUAAAGGCAAUAUUGUUAAUUUCAUUCUGAAUUAAUCAUUUUGUGGUUAAUCAAAAACAUGCUUUUGUUAAC